UUUAAUAUAUUUAAAACUUCUCCAACCAAUAAAAUUCCAAGUAAGCAAAGACCUCGUGGAACUCCUGUUCGUGUUCAGAAAUCUCAUUAUUCUGUGGUGGUGUUCCCUACCUUUCCCUUGUACUCUCCGUAACGGCAUUUGUCGCGCUCAAUUCAACUUUCUAUUUCCAUUUUAAACUUAAAAGUCUCCUUGAUCUUUCCCUUCUUACAACGCCCGUCUAGCUGACGGAGCCUUCAAAGCCCAAACCCAUAUUUCUCUCUCUUCCACGUGUCAACACGUGAUUCAUUGCCACCGCUAAGAAGUCGUUGUCCACGUCGGUUCCCGCUUGAAUCGCCCCAUUUCUCCUCUCUGUAACGCCUAACUCAUAAAUGUCGCAGUAGCUUCGCCUAAUCCUUUUCUCGCUCAAUUUAUCUCCCUGGUACUCUCGUCGUCCAUAAAACCCAAAGUUCACGAUUCAGAAGAAGCACAGCCACCGCCGGACCGGCCGUCUCUUUCCCUAUGUCCUCCAUCGACCGGAAAUGCCGACGGAGUCCGCGGGCGCCUCUUCUCCCAGAGAAAUUUGAAAACACGGAGGCGCGAGAGUCUGGAUUUAACGGUGCGUCGUUCUCAGGCGCGGUGUUUAACCUAUCGACGACGAUUGUUGGGGCGGGGAUCAUGGCCCUUCCGGCGGCCGUGAAGCAGCUGGGGCUUAUCCCGGGACUGGCGAUGAUUGCGUUGGUAUCGGUGCUUACUGAAUCGUCGAUCGACCUGAUCCUGCGUUUCACUCGCGCUUCCAAGCACGCAUCAUACGCCGGCGCUGUUUCGGACUCGGUGGGUGGAGCCGGGAGGAACCUCCUUCAGGUCUGUAUUGUCAUCAACAAUUUGGGGAUGCUCAUCGUGUAUAUGAUCAUCAUCGGUGAUGUGUUGUCAGGAACAUGGAUGGACGGUGUCCACCAUUCGGGUGUGAUGGAGGAGUGGUUUGGUCAACGCUGGUGGACCACUCGCUCCUCCCUGCUCUUGCUCACCACGCUCUUCGUCUUCCUUCCUUUGAUUUCAUUCAAGCGAGUCGAUUCACUGAGAUAUACAUCAGCAUUAUCGGUGGUUCUGGCCCUUGUAUUUGUGGUGAUAAUAGCAGGUGUGGCAAUUUCUAAGUUACUGGCUGGAAGCAUUGGAAUGCCAAGAUUGUUUCCUAAUCUUGUUGAUCAGGCGUCAUUUUGGAAGCUGUUCACAACAGUUCCUGUCCUAGUCACUGCCUAUAUAUGCCACCAUAAUAUUCACCCAAUACAAAAUGAGCUGAAGGAUCCUUCUCAGAUGAAGUCUAUAGUUGGGGCAUCCCUCACAUUAUGCUCAACUGUCUACAUUGCUACGAGCUUCUUUGGAGUGCUCCUAUUUGGAGAACACACUCUGGAUGAUGUACUUGCCAACUUUGAUGGUGAUCUUGGAAUUCCAUAUAGUUCAGUGCUAGAUGAUGUUGUUAGAGUGAGCUAUGGCAUCCACCUUAUGCUUGUUUUUCCAAUUGUUUUUUACUCACUUCGACUCAAUGUAGAUGGUCUUCUCUUUCCCUAUGCCAUUCCAAUUUCAUUUGACAACCGAAGAUUCAUGUCAGUAACUGCAGCUCUCAUGUGUUUUAUCUUUGCUGGAGCCACGUUUGUGCCUAGUAUCUGGGAUGCCUUCCAGUUCACUGGUGCCACUGCUGCCAUCUCUGUUGGUUACCUCUUUCCUGCAACCCUUGCCCUUAAAGACAUUCAUGGAAUUGCAACCAAGAAUGACAGAAUAGUAUCAUGGGUUAUGAUCUUUCUCGCUGUAACGUCAAGCACAGUGGCAAUCUCUAGUGACAUCUAUAGCACUCUCGGAACCUGAAAACUCAAAAUCAGGAAACUAUCUGCUGUUUCUGCAGCAUUUCUCUAGUCACACGUACAGCAAUUUUUUGAAUCUGGAAUUGAGAGGGGAAACUGUCUGGUUUUCCUUUGAAUUUCCAUCAACGAGAAGGAAACAGACUUCCCAAAUCUGAGGCAGAGAAUCGGACUUCUAUUGUACAGUAUAUUCAUCUUGCAGCCAAUUGUUGCAAAGACGAGGUCAGUAUAGUUACGGCAUCCUUUCUUGUAAACUAAAGCAGGUGAAUUUUAUGCUGAAAAUUCCAAGCUUGUCCCAAUGCAGUGUGCUCUAUUGUCAAAGCAUGUUAAUGAGCACAGAUUUCUUUUCUUGUACUGUGUUAUUGGUAACUAGAUGUGAAAAAUAUUUGAGUUAAAUCAUAAGCGAAAACAUGUUAGUUAGCAGAA